CCUUAACUUGAGACUUAAAAGUGAGGAUAAAGAAAACAAUGUGGGUUAUGCUGCUCCGUCAAAAGGAUAUUGGGUAUUGGGACAGUAGAGCGGGUAAAGCAAAGUACACGUUGUUUCAAGGUCACUUUGGAUCUUGAGCAAAUUAUGAUGUAAUGCCUGGGUGCCUACUUGUAUUAGUAAUUUGUGUUAAUUUCCCUCUUUUUAUCGAUAAAUUUAAACUAUGGCAGUUACUGAAGUUAGCCUUUCUGCUGUCUUUUAACAGUUAAUCAAAGCUAAAUUUAGUUCACAACAAUUGUUGUAAGCUUUUGCAGUUAUCUUCCCAAUGUGCUUCCCGCAGGUUCUUUGUGCAUACGGCAUGCACGCAUACACAUAUUGUAAGCUUGCAUCAAAGCUUACAACAAUGUACACCUCAUUCUUAACUAGGCGUCGAUAAUGCGGUCUAGUGCUGCGAGAAUAUUUUGAGUACUUAAAACACCUAGUAUAUACUUGAGUAAUCAGGGUGGUAUUUAGGAAUAGCAUUGAAUGCAUAUCUAGUGCAGUGAGGAUUGACACAGAUCACAAGAACCUUCUCGUUAUAUGAAUCUGAAGUUCUGAAAUAAUGCUAGCUAACUCUGAAUUGGGUAGGCGCUGAACCACUGUGGGUAAUGUUGAAGGAAAACCUAGAGUACAGUUUUGUUCUGAAUUUCUUUUCAUUUCUGAAUUUGUUCAUUAUAGAGAAUAUCGUUAGUUUAGAAUUUGCGAGCGAUAAUUCGUCGCUAUCGUAAGUCUAAUUGUGCAUGUUUCAGUAAUAUUAAAGUAUCAACUAUUCAAUUACUCAAUGUUUCCAAAACUCAUAACUAAAUCCAAAACUAGAGACAUAAUUUGUUAUGGUUUUAUUGUUAAUAGCUCUAAUCACAUUUCGUACGUUAUGUUCCGGAUGGCUGCUAUAAUUUACCUUCGCCUGGUCCCAAUUAAUAUGUUCAGUGAAUCUGAUUUCUGUUGUGAUAGAAUUUAAUAUAUUGAAGUGAUGGGUGAAAGUACUGAAUAUCCGUCGCAAAUACCAUUGCAGAUUCAACUGUUUAUAUGUAGUUUUAGUUUAUGGAUUCUGUCAGUCGUUCACUGUAUCUCAUAGCUGAUUGGUUUUGUUUUACGCGCUUAAGGACCAGUCGAACCAAUCAUCUUUUUCCUCCUCAAUGCAUAUGAAAUGCCCCUUGUGUUGCCUAAAAUUCGAUGCUUCAGACAUCAUUUUUCCACCUUAUUUUACAAUCAGUUAAGAAAAUAUGGUGGAGACUCUACUACGGCUACUUCUGCUGCCGCUGCCAAUGCGGCUGCUCCCUCUGCUUCUAAAAUUGUACGUGUGAAUUUUAUCGAUCGUAACGGUGAUAUUAAAAGUAUUGAAGGAAAAGUUGGCGAAAAUUUAAUGACUCUGGCUCGUCAACAUAGUAUUGAAAUUGAAGGAGCAUGUGAAGCUUCACUGGCGUGUUCCACUUGUCAUGUAUAUGUUGAAGAGAAGUUUUAUGAUCAGUUACCACCUGCUUCUGAAGCUGAAGAAGAUAUGUUAGAUUUAGCUGUAUUUUUACAAGAAAAUUCAAGAUUAUCUUGUCAAAUCACUUUAACUGAAGAGUUGGACGGAAUGAAAGUCACUUUGCCAAAAGCUACAAGAAACUUUUAUGUCGAUGGGCAUGUUCCACAACCACAUUAGAAUAAAAAUAUAAGCGCAAUACUAGAUGUGACUGUUUAUCUUGUUGUACAUAUAGGAUGAAACCUUUUUGACUGGAGAGAAAAAUAAAAAGAGAAUUACAAAUAAAACUUAUUCUAGAA